GGGCAGGCCGGGAAGAUGGCGGCCCCGCAGCAGCAGCCGCCGCCGGCCGCCCCCGCGCCGCCCCCCGCGCCCGCGCCCGGCCCGCAACCGCCGCCGCUGCAGGCCCAGGUGCAGGCGGCCGCGCAGGCGCAGGACUUCGACCCCGUGCAGCGCUUCAAGCUGCUCAUCCCGCAGCUCAAGGAAAGCUUGCAGAACCUGAUGAAAGUGGCGGCCCAGAACCUGGUGCAGAACUCGAACAUCGACAAUGGGCAGAAGAGCAACGAUGGCCUGGUGCAGCGCUUCGACAAGAGCCUGGAGGAGUUCUACGCCCUGUGUGACCAGCUGGAGCUGUCUCUGCGCCUGGCCUACGAGUGCCUCUCCCAGAGCUUCGACAGUGCCAAGCACUCGCCCACACUGGUGCCCACAGCCACCAAGCCGGACGCGGUGCAGGCCGAGAGCUUGCCCUACACCCAGUACCUGAGCAUGAUCAAGGCCCAGAUCUCGUGUGCCAAGGACAUCCACAACGCCCUCCUCGAGUGCUCCAACAAGAUCACCGGCAAGGCGCCCGCCCAGCCCGGCCCGUAGCCAGGGACGGGACCCUCCAGCAGCCUCGGCCCCGCUGGCGUAACCCCCUCGCAGUGCCGCAGCCAUGGUUCGAGUGCUCCUCCAACGUGGGGGGGUUUUCAGGGACCCAGUGCCUCAUGCUGGAUCAUUUCCCAGCAUGAUCCCCGAGCUGUCUGCCUGGGCCUGAUUUGCCACCACCUGGUCACUGUCGAUUUUCCACCCCCCAUCAUCAAGCAGGUGUCAACCCCCCAGGACACCUCUGAACCCCUCCUCUGGGAACAGAUGUUGGGGCUCUAGAGACGGCAGCAGUGGGGGAAAAACAGGACAAGCUGUGCUGACACGGCCCUUGUGCGACGGGGGCAGCUCACGUGAACAGAGACGCUGACAAGUGAGGAAACACCGCGCGUGGCGACGAGCACCAGACCUCGUGCAAAGGGAGACCAGGGACAGCUACAACUGGGAGGAAAAGCCGCUUGGAUCUGCUUGGUUUUCUCAUCCGCUCGUGCAACCGGGAGGCUCCUCGUGUGACGGGCACCGGCCCUCGUGCGAAGGGAGAAUGGGGGCACCAGGAAUUGGGGAUCCAGAUGGUUUCGCUUCCAGUUUGUCCUCAGUUUCCCCCUCCUCUGCACCAGCUGCUGUGCUUGGAGCUGCACCUGGGGGAGAUUGGACGUGUGGUCCUCAUUCCCCUCGCCUGCUCUCUGCCAGGUUUGUCUCCUAAGAUACUUUCUGUUCAGCCCAAAGUGGCUCCAGCUGGGACCCCCAACCCUGCAGCCCCCAUCGGACUGGGGCCAGGGUCAUUGGGGCGGCCUCCAGCCCCCUCGCGCGGGGAGCUGUGGCCAUGCCUUGACCCCAAUGAGUCAGACCCAGCCGAGGCCUCUUGCUGCUCUGUGCUAAUAAAGCCUGCUUGGGGGGGGCCCGGACGGCUCCCAAACCCCUUGGUC